AUGCCUCUUCAUCCUCGUUCCGGUGUAGAGCUGCCGCGGCGCUCCUUCUUCGCCGUGUUUACUUUUGUUUCGUUUGUGCUCCUCGUCACGAUCGGCCUCGCCACGCUCGGAGGUCACCCGGGCCCGACGUUGCGGUUCGAACGCAGCGACGAUGGGCAGUGGCGUGCCAAGGCCAAGACGCGUGCUGUGCCGGCCGGCGACAAGUAUCUCAUCGGCGUCGGAAAGGCCGACAUCACAGGUCCCGUCGUCGAGAUCGGCUUCGCGGGGUAUGCGGACCUGGCCCAGGUGGGCACGGGGCUGCGGCAGCGGAUCUACAGCCGCGCAUUCGUCGUGGGGGACGUGAGCAAGCCGAGCGACCGCUUCGUCUACCUUGUGCUGGACACGCAGAGCGGAGACACGGCGAUCCGGCGCGGCAUCGUUGAGGGUGUCCAGGCUCUCGGGUCGGCGUACUCUGUGUAUAACAAGAACAACAUUGCCGUGACGGGCACGCAUAGCCACGCCGGGCCGGGGGCAUGGUUCAACUACCUUUUGCCGCAGGUCACCAGCCUCGGCUUCGACAGGCAGAGCUACCAAGCCAUCGUCGACGGCGCCGUGCUGUCCAUCAAGAGGGCGCACGAGUCCCUGACCGAGGGCUACCUCGACGUCGGCACCACCGAGGUCACCGACGGCGCCAUCAACCGCAGCCUCUGGGCGUACCUCGCCAACCCCGAGUCCGAGAGGUCCAGGUACUCCUCCAGCACCGACACGACGCUCACGCUCCUCCGCUUCCAGCGCGCCUCGGACGGCAAGAACAUUGGCGUGCUGACGUGGUACCCGACCCACGGCACCUCGAUCCUGCAGAACAGCACGCACGUGGCCGGCGACAACAAGGGCGUCGCCGCCCUUCUCCUCGAGAAGGACCUCGCGGGCGACGCGAGCGCCGCGUCGGGCUUCGUGGCCGGCUUCAGCCAGGCCAACGUCGGCGACACGACGCCCAACGUGCUCGGCGCGUGGUGCGACGACGGCAGCGGACAGCAGUGCAGCCUGGAGAACAGCACGUGUGCCGACGGCAAGAGCCAGUCGUGCCACGGGCGGGGGCCCGCGUUCCGGGCGUUGGAUCUAGGCAUCUCGAGUUGCUACGAGAUUGGGCGGCGGCAGUUUGCCGGUGCCAAGUCGGUCUAUAACUCGCUCGCUUCUUCCUCCUCGACACCGAUCACAGGCACGAGCGUCAAGUCGUUCCACUUCUUCCACGACAUGUCCUUUUUCAAAUUCACCCUCCCCGAUGGCACCACGGGCCAGACGUGCCCCGCGGCCUUGGGCUACUCCUUCGCUGCGGGCACCUCGGACGGGCCCGGCGCGUUCGAUUUCACGCAGGCCGACUCGGGCGAUCCGGAUGCCAAUCCGCUCUGGGCGGUAGUUUCUGGCCUCCUGCGGACUCCCACGGCCGAGCAGGUCGCCUGCCAGCGUCCGAAGCCCGUACUGCUAGACGUCGGAGAGAUGAGCACGCCAUACGCGUGGAGUCCCAACAUUGUCGACGUGCAGAUGCUCCGCGUCGGGCAGCUAGUGAUCAUCGUAGCUCCAGGAGAAGCCACAACGAUGGGCGGGCGGCGGUGGAAGGAUGCCGUCAAGGAGGCCGCGAGGACCAUCAUCGACGGCGAGCCCGUCGUGGUGCUCGGCGGGCCCGCCAACACGUAUGCUCACUACAUCGCCACGCCCGAGGAAUACGGCGUCCAGCGGUACGAGGGCGCGUCGACGCUCUUCGGGCCCAACACGCUCCCCGCGUACAUCAACCUCACCGUCUCCAACAUCGGCCACCUCGCGCCCGCCUCGACGUCGACCCCGCCCGCGGGCCCCGCGCCCCCGGACAACCGCGGAAACUCCCUCUCCUUCAUCACGGGCGUCGUCCAGGACGGCACGCCGAUCGGGCGCUCCUUCGGCCAGGUCCUGGCGCAGCCGGCGGCGUCGUACGCGCGCGGCGCCGUCGUCAACGCGACGUUCCAGGCGGCCAACCCGCGCAACAACCUGCGGCUCGAGGGGACCUACGCGGCGGUCGAGCGGCGGCUGCCGGACGGGACUUCGUGGGAGAGGGUCCGCGACGACGCGGACUGGUUCCUCGUGUACACGUGGCGGAGGACGGACUGGCUGCUGGGCCACAGCGAGGUCGUCCUCUCCUGGGAAACGGGUGGGGACGGCGCCGGCCCCGGGACGUACCGGUUCAAGUACUACGGGGACGCGAAGCCGCUGAUCGGGAGCGUCAGGGCGUUUGAGGGGACGAGCGCGAGCUUCACGCUGGUGUAG